UCCUCCCGCUUGCCGCCUCGGCUCCUCCCGCCUCAGCGCUUCCCGCCAGCUCCGGGAAGAAUUACCGGGAGUGAGGAGCUGCUGGAGCUCUGGGCAGGCGCUGGAGCCCCGCUCCCGGCAGUGAUGAUUCACCUACUCAUAAACUCUGAAUGGAGCGGGUAAGCUCAAGAUCUGUGUGAGACGUGUUGGGAACUUACUGCAACCUGGAUGGAGAAACAUGACAAACACCUGCACUGUGUGAUACCAGUUAAAUGGCUGCUCACAUGUUUCUCCGUGAUUCCAUGCCGUGAUUUUACCGUGUUCUGAGGACUCUUUCCAUCAUGACCUCUUUUGAGGAAGCCGAAACAGAAGAAACAGUGACGUGCCUCCACCUGACCUUUUACCACCCUUGCCAGGAUGAGAAGAUGAUGUUCCGCUGCCUGAACUUCUGCAAGCGUGAGCAGGUCAGGGCAGACGAAGCGGCCAAGUUCGGCCGCGACUCCAGCGUCUGCCGCUACCACCUGAUGGACACUCGCGUCUCCCGGAUCCAGUUCGCCCUGCAGUUCUUCAGGAAACUCCACACCUCGGAAUAUUGUUUUGAGAUAAAGAACUUGAGCAAGAAAACAAAACUGACUGUCAACCAAACAGAACUGGGUUACUUAAACAAAAUCGACCUUCCCUGGAAGUGCAUCAUCUGUUUUGGGGACUACCAGAUCCUAGCAGAGAUUCAAGAAGGGGAGUCCAUGGAUUAUUUUGAGAUUAAUUUACACUUGGCUGAAGCACCGAUUUUACAAGAAAGGUGCCUGCCAUGCCUGCCAUCCUUGCAGCCUGUACCUGAGAAUGGCAUUUCUCCUUCCUUUUUUCUUUCCCAAGGCAAAAGCCCCACAGAGAUUGAUGAAAAUGAGUUGUGCUAGCGGAGAGAAGGAGACUGGAUCAGGUUUUGUAGUCUGCACAGCUUCCAACAUAGACAGCUCUCACCUCCGUCCAGACUUCUGGGUGCUCACUGCUGCACAUCAGCCUUCUUACUUGGGUGUUUUCAGCACAGGCAUUCCAGAACACCGGUCCACUGCCUUCACUGAGUGAUUCCUGCCACUGCCUUCACUGAGGCCUAAGGGCUCUCUGAUGCCCAGAACUGUGUGGAAGACAGGGGGUCACUCAAAUCCACGGCAGCAGGUUCAAUCCCAGAACCAUGGCCAUGUGCCUUGAAGGGGUAUUUAACAGGCAUUAUUAAUACAGAAGGUGCACAGCACGGUUUUGGUCCCAGCCAAGUGGUGACACAAUGGCUUGUUGCAUAUUAUACUUGGUGCUCUGCUUUGGACACCAAAUUCCAAACAGUAUUUGCAAGCCUAGGUUGUUACUUCAGAGAUUUUGCAACUUAGAAACGCUUUGUCCUUUUAUGUUUUUAUGAACUUCAAAGCAAGGUUUGGUUGGGUUCUUUUUUACUUAUUUAAUUAACAUAUAUAAAUAUUUUGCGAGUUAACUACUUUUGCUUGUGAUGUAGACAAACGUAGCAUCAAUGAUCAUGGUCUAUAAAAAUCCACAUAAAUUUUGUAAUAAAAGCAUUUGCUUGCCUA